AUGCCUAAGUAUGUCAAGUUCUUGAAGGAGCUUGUCACAAAUAGGAAGAAGAUGGAGGAGGUAUCCAAGGUGGUUCUUAAUGAAAAUUGUUUAGCUCUAAUGUUGAACAAAUUGCCAAAGAAGAUGGGUGACCCGGGUAGUUUAACUUUGCCAUGCCAAUUCGGGAAUUUAGCUACUAGUUAUGCAUUGGCUUAUUCGGGAGCGAGUGUGAAACUUAUGCCAUAUUCAUUCUUUAAGAAGUUGAACCUUUUGGAGCCGAGACCGAUUCGAAUGACAAUUCAUCUAGUAAACAAGACAGUGUCAUUUCCAAGGGGGAUAUGUGAGCACCUAUUGGUGAAAGUUGAUAAGUUCGUAUUUCCCGCAGAUUUCAUAGUGCUAGAUAUGGAAGAAGACCAUCAAGUGCCGAUCAUUUUUGGAAAACCUUUCCUAAACACCGCAAGCGCCAUAGUAGACAUAAGAGAAUCCAAACUUACCCUUUGGGUAGGAGAAGAUUCAGUUACUUUUGGAGUUGAUUGA